GUCGACUUGGGCGCAUCACGUCGUUACCUUUGCGGUGGUCGUCGUCGUCGUCGUCGCCGCCGUCGCCGCCACCGUCACAGACGUCGCCGACCGGUGCCAGUGGUCGGACGUGACGGUUUUUUUGGCGCGCGCUCGUCCCGGCAUCACGGAGCCGUAGUGGACGGACGCCCGGCCAUGCGGCCACCACCGGACAGGGGACCCGGGCCGCCGCGAGGCACAGUGACUCUCACCGGAAUCCUGGCCGUCUUCCUGGCGGCCGUUCUUUUGACGGACAGUGCGUUCGCCGAGAAGAACAAAUUCUAUGAAAUGCAAACUAUAUGCAAAACACAUUUUCUGCAACAAGUGUACAGAAAAAUCGAAGGUGCGGUAUUGGACUCACAAAACGAACGGAACUUGGACUGUGUGACAACGUUUCAAACACAUUCAAUCUUACAGAGGUUUAUGAUACAUUUUGAUCGUUUGCAGUUGGACUGCAACGAUCAUCUGUUCAUAUUUGAUGGCGCCCAUGCAGUUGGACAACAUAAGGCCGACAUCACGUGCAGCAGUACGAAACAAUCCGUCGGCGUGAUAUUUACGCGUACGAAUUUUGUCACGCUCAAGUACGUGACAGAUUCGUGGGGCACGCGUGUCAACGGUUUUAGAUUAAUUAUAACCGCCUUCAAAGAUCCUUUUGUUCCAGUCCACAAUUGCAGGGAGUUCAAAUGUCAAACGAUGUCGCAAUGCAUCUCCAACGACCUGGUGUGCGACAACAUCAACCACUGUCCCGACGGUACGGACGAAGCGACGACGCCAACUUGUCAAGGUGCUUCGUCGUUAACGCUUUUGGGCAUUAAUAUCACCAUACUCGUGGUCGCCUCGCUCAUUGUAGUCUCCAUACUGGGCGUGUGCGUCAUCGUGUUGACCGUUUACUGCAUAUGUUACCGGACGUCGAACGGUACGAUCCCGACUUCCAGGCACUCAGCCUCGUUACACGACACGUCAAACAAUUUUCAAAUGAUUGGCGUUAACGGAAUUGGACGGUCGGGAAACUGGCAGCACCCUGCGGGCCAACAGCUAGGGUACAGCUCGGCACGGGUCCGUCUCUACUGCCAGGCAAAGUGAAAUAUACUGGCUCUGACAGCGAUAUUUCCUCAGCUCAUAAAGAGGAAUGGUUCGUGUAGGGAUGGCCUAAACCGUAGCCCAGCAGGGUGUUACCGGUAGUACCUCGCCAGGCCGGCAUUUGCAGCAUUCGGAUUGUUGCACUUUCCUAUAAACUUUUUUUUUUGCCUAUAAUAUUUAUGUUCAAAAAAAUAUACUUCAUCAGUUUUAUAUACUUUUAUUUCCAUUUCUUUUCUAAAAAAUAAAAAUAAUCAUCAUAUUAAAAUCCAAAAAAAAUUAUAUAUAUAUUAUCAUAAUCGUUUAGAAAAAAAAUACAUAAAUUGAGUGGAAAAAAUUCUAAAAACGCCCUAGGAAAUCUGUGAUUACAAGAAACAAAUUGUCAUAUUCAUUUUUAUCAACAAAAAUAUUAUUACAACCAAAACUUUAUAAUAACUUUUGAUGUAUUAUCCCUUCCUUCCCUUAUAGCCAAGUACCUUUUAUACUAUAAUUGUAGAAUAAUAUAUCUAUUAUACAAUAAUAUAAUUUCAAUUAUUAGAUUAAACCAUUAAUUUUUCAAAUAGCAGCACAUUUUUCUACUUUCUUGAAAAUCAAAGACAAAUUUUUUUUUCUCUUCACAUUUCCCACUUAUCGCCGGGAAACUUUGACGCAAUUCACUCGAUGCACAUACAAUCGAAGUCUUUUCUAAAGAACAUUGGUGAACUUGCUUUUAAAAGAGUAACAUAAAAAUAUUAAAAUCAAUUAAACGAUAAUAAUAAUCUUUGGAAUUCAUAGUUAAUCGAGAGUAUAAUAUUUCUUCCUACCAUCUCCCACUUACUACAUAAACAACAUACCCACAUGACUCCAAAUCUGGUAGUUCACUCGAGAUCCACUACCUUUAACCCGGUACAACCGUGGCUAUUACCAUUAUAUACCAUAUCUUUACUACGCGUGCGUACACAAUUUUACCCCUCCCCCUCCCUCCUGGACCAAGAUAUAAACAUAUAAUUUAAAAACUAUAGUAUUAUCCUCACACACAGUGUACUUUCAUAUUUGCGAGUGUGCGUGUGCGCGCGUUUGAACCUAUUGCAUAUCCUUUCAUCUCCUCGUCCAAGAGAGAUUUAAUUUUUCAUAUCUUUAGAAAUGUAAAAACGUUAAAAUUUAUUUUUCACUAUUAAAAUUCAUGAAAUUUUCCAAGCCUUCUUUAAACCACGUAAUUCCAUGUUAAAAAAUGUAUUUCCCACAAACGUCUUAUAAUUUUGCAUAUCAUGUUAUAUAUAUUUUUUAAAUAAAUAUUAAUGUUACCGCGUCAUACAAUUUUCCACGCGAAUUUCGCUCUUCCUUAUCACGUAUGCAUCAUGUUUUGUUAUUUUUUUUCUUUUAAUUUACGUCACUCGAUUAUUCGGCUAAACAGAUUAAAUUUUAUAAUGAUAUUUCGUUACAACGAAUAUGGACUGACAGAUACGUUACUAAUACUUCACCCCCUUGAACAUUUAACCGACAUUUAUACUUGUUUCAAGCCAACACUCGUUCCGUUAAUUCUUACUUUACAUUAAAGAAAAAUAUCUAACAGUUAUUAUCACGUUUUAAUUCAAUGAUGUGUGAUUGUGUGUGUAGUACAGUUUUUCAAUGUUUUUAUCAAUGUCGGUCUAUAUCCGUCCAUUCAAUACAUUUCAAACGAAACAAUAAUUUUAAUAAUAAAUAGAUUUGUAUAGUCAGAUUGCGUUUCACACACAUAAUAUAAUAUUAUAAAUAUACAUAGUUUUUUUUUCUUACUUUUUCCGAAUACCGGAUAAACUACGAAACCGUAAGACUCCAAUGAUCCACGUCUCAAUUGAUGUCUAUAUUUCUACCUCAGCAUUACAUAUUAAUAAUUGUACUAUACUUAACAACAGUAAUAAUAUCAGAGAACAAUAGUUAAUUGCCACAACCGAUUCUUAUACUAUAAUAUAUAUAUUUUUUUUUUAUGUAGUGUUUUUGUAUGUCGUACUCGUACUACAGUUGUACAAAAUCGUAACAAUGGUGUUUGUAUCAUUAUUCUAUUUAGGUAAAUUAUUUUUGUUAACCUUAUGUUACCAGCUUAUAAUUUUAUUCAAUGAUAGAAAAUUAUUGUAACGGUUGAGUGUAUCACUUAUAUUUUAUGUAUUAGAUUUAAUCUAAAGAAAAAAUAAUAUUUGUUUUAUUGUUUAGUAAAUGUGUUAGUGUAUUAGUGUUACGAACAUCAAUAGCCAAAAAAAAAUGUGUCGAUCAGGAAGCUUAUUCUUUGAAAAUUCCUCAUUAAAAAUAAUAAUAAUAAAAACUUAACUAUAAUUUGUAUGCUAUCUAUGCGUGAGAUUAUGGUAAAUUAGUUGAAUUAGUAAUAAGUCAGUUAUAAUAUAAAUAUAUUUAUAAUAAGUAUAUCAUAUUUAUUCAUUAAUUUUAGCGUUUAAAUUAUAUACACAGCCCAAUACCUCUAAUUAUGUCUUAUAUAUUAUUAUGUUUACAGUAUGUGUAAAUACUAUCUGUGCUCUGUAUAUUUCUUGAACGUUAUUUAAUACCUAAUAAUAUAAUAAAACUGUGGUCUAUUAGUGAUUUUGUGUUAAGCACAAAACCGCAUUAAGCAAAAGAACGUACCUAAAUUAUAUUAUAAUUAAAUUUUGUAAAAGAAUACAAUUGCACAACUUUGUCUUUGGUUUAGCUUGUAGAUUAAAACGUCAAUUAAUGUAAUGAUGACUACGAUAUUAUGACAAUAGACAUUCAUAUAUUUUAUAUAUAAUUAUAUUUUUGUUUUGUAAUCAUGGUAAUAACAUAAUAAUAUUGUUCAAUUUUUUUUUUUUUUUAAGGCCUACA